AAUGGCGCCGUCCUCUACAUGUUGAAGUUUUUAAAGUGUAUUUUUUCGUGACGCGUUUUCUGUUCAAUCCACUGGAUUUUCUUCCAAUUUGUAUAGUUUACAUUCAAGCCACUAGUAUGUCCGAUCGUUUCGUGCCGAAAGCUGUGUAUAUUCUAAUUCAGUUUCGUGUAUUUUGAUGGUUUUCAUGACGACAAUCUAGUUUAGCCGGAUAGUGUUGAUUUAUCUCCCGCCGCGGUUUCCGUGCAAGAUUGCACGGUCCGCGAAAAGCUGUAACAGUGGCAGGAAUCAUGGAAACGUUGGCGGCCACCGUCAAAGACGAUUUAUUCGCGAACGUGAAGUAUAUUGCAUACGGAAAUUUGGAUGAAGAUAUUGGAAAAAUCCUCAAAAAUGGUGGCGCCCUUAAUCGUCCUUUCAUGCCAGAAGUUGUUACCCAUUUAAUAUGUGGAAAAAAUUACAAUGAAGAAGAAGUUGUUCUAACUUCUGAUCUCUAUAACGCAAUCCCUGUGACGGAAAAAUGGAUUGUUGCGUCGGCCAAACUGGGGCGCUUAGCCUCAACGAAGGCCUACAGUCCUUUUCCGUCAAAUAUUUUCGCGAAAAUGAUCGCAUCCUUCACACAGAUAAGCUUUGAAGAUCGCAAAAAGAUGUACGCGAUUAUAACAUAUUUCGGGGGACAAGUUCAACGAAAUUUCACCAAUCGUACGACGCAUUUAGUAUGUGGUAUGGCCGGUGGGAAUGCGUACAAAAAAGCGAUAUCCUUGAAUAAGAAUCGAAUAAAAGUAAUCUCACCCGAUUGGAUUAUAGAGUGCGUGAAGAAGAGGGAGCUGGUAAAUCCUGAAGGGUAUCAUCCACGUUUACUGAUUGUCGAACCGCCGCCGAAGUUCAUAAAAAUACCACCGGCACAAGAUACAAUACAGAAGAGCUUAUCAAGUUUGAUUGGGUUUGAUGAGAAUAGUGGUGCCACCAUGACUUCAGUGGAAAAGCCUACAAAGAGUUUCAAGGAGAUAAUACAGAAUCAGGGGCCAAAAAUGCAACAAGCGCAAAUUCAGCAAAUUCAACAAUCUUUGCAGUCAGUUAGUAUUCAGUUGCAACAACAGAGUCAGCAACAACAAAUUAUAACUACACAACAGUCGCCACUUCAGCAACAAAUACAAAAUCAACAGCAAUUGCAAGCACAACAACAACAGCAGCAGCAACAACAACAGCAGCAACAACAACAGCAGCAGCAACAGCAACAACAGCAGCAGCAGCAACAACAGCAGCAGCAACAACAGCAGCAGCAGCAACAACAGCAGCAGCAACAACAACAGCAGCAGCAACAUCAGCAACAAUUGCAGGCCCAGCAACAGCAAUUGCAAGCACAACAACAACAUCAAUUACAAGUUAAACAACAACAAACUCAAUCGACUCAACAGUCUCCACAACAAAUACAAAUACAGCAACAACAUUCUCAAGCGCAACAGCUACAAGCUCAUUCUCAGCAAUUGCAGCAAACUCUCCUUCAACAAACUUCGCAAUCGCAACCGCAACAAGUGCAGCAGCUACAAUCAAUACAACAACAAGCCGUUCAACAGGCCCAAACAAUACAACAACAACAGCAGCAGCAACAGACCCAGCAGCAAAUUCCAAAUGUUUCGAACGCAUCAACACAGAUAAUCCGGGCGGUUUCAAGUUCAGGUCAAGGCAAUAUCAUAAUAACCAGCUUACCGCAAGGGCAGCAAGGACAACAACCUGUCAUAUUUGUGCGUCCUAAGUCUGUCCAGCAAAAUAUGACGCCACAGCAACAGCUCAUGUUGCAGCAAAAAUUACUUCAGCAACAGAUUCAAAACAAUCACCAACAGCAGCAACAACAGAAUCAAUUGCCAGUAACGACAACAUUGCAGAAUUCGGGGCAGGCGACAAUAGUAACACAUGGGGGUCAACCUCAGCAACAACAACCUCAACAGCAGCUGACGCAAAUUCAACAGCAGCAGCUUCAUGCGCAACAGCAAAUUAUAAACGCGCAGCUUCAAAGAAAUGUUAAGACACCUUCGCCAAUGCAGCAACAAUCACAACAAUCACCCCAGCAAUCGCCUCAACAUAUUCAACAGUCGCAUCAACAACAGUCACCGAUCCAAACGCCGCAACCAAGCCAACAAACUGGUCAAUUGAUUCAGCAGCAAAUCUCACAGCAGCAGGUACAACAGCAGCAAAAUCAGCCUCAGCAGCUUCAAAAUCAACAACAACAUCCUCAGCCUCCAACGGUUACAAUGACCCUACAGCAACAGCAAUUACUGCACCAGCAUAUAAUCCGCCAGCAGGCGGCAAUUCAACAGCAACAGCAGGCACUCCAGCAACAAGCGGCUCAACAGCCUCUAACGCCACAGCAACAAGCCAUUCAACGUCAUCUGCAACAGCAACAACAGAACUUGGCACAGCAGCAGCAAAAUCUACAGCAGAGAAUCGAGCAGUUGCAGUUGCAGCAACAGCACCAGCAAAACACACAACAGCAACCGACUCAGCAGCAAUUACAACAGCAUCUACAACAACAGCAGCAGCAGCAAUUGCAACAACAGCAAUUGCAGCAGCAGCAACAACUGCAGCAGCAGUCGCAACAACAGCAAUCACAACAACAACAGCAGCAUCAACACUUUCAGCAGAGCCCUCGGAUGCAUCAAGCUCCUAGCCCAAGCUUAAACCAAGAACAUUCACCACAAAUCAUCCAACAGCAGAACAGUUUGCCGGGUCAACAACAAAUUCAUCCUUCUCAGUCGCCAUUGCAGCAAACAAUUCAGUCGCCUUUGCAUCAACCGACACCCUCACCGCAGAUGACUCCUCCGCCUCCACCAUCGCAGUCACCACAAAAUCAGCAUGUGCUCUCUGUGCAACAGCAACUGCGUCAACAAAUACAGCAAAAUCGGCAAACUCUAACACAGCAGCAGGUGCAGAUGCGGCAGGGUGUGCCUUUGAACCAAGGACAGGGAUCUCAGUCAAUUCAACAACAUUUAUUAGCAUUCAGUCAACAGCAACAAAAGGUCAAUCAGCAGAUGCAACAACAGCAACUUCAGCAGCAGCAACAGCAACAGGUUCAACAACAACAGCCGCAACAGCAAUCGCCAUUGCAACAACAGCAGCAGUCUCCGUUGCAGCAAUCACCACAACAGCAUCAGCAAAUUCAGUUGCCUCUCCAGCAGCAGCUUCCUACGCAGGUUAUUUCAAAGCAAAUCCUUCUCACCAAACAAAUUGAUCCUUCGAAUGCGAAUGCUGUGGCACAGGUACUAGGAAGGGCCACACCUAGCCCACUCCAGCAAAACGAGCAGAGUGUUCUUUUGAGGCAGCAAAUUGCUGCCCAACAGCUAAAGAACCAACAACUCCAACAACAGCAGCAGCAGCCGAACCAAUUGCAGGCUCCGCAACAACAAAUAAUUAUUAGUCAGGGUAACAAUCAAAUCAUUACUCAGCGGCAUGUGAUAAACACAUCAUCAGCCCAAGGCCAGCAGAUAAUACAAAGUCACAUGCUUAACCUCCAGCAGAAGCAACAAAUAUUGCAACAACAGCAGCAGCAACAAUUAAACUCCGGUGUUCAAACAACUGGAAACAAGCCUGUGCAAACAAAGUACAUCCUCACCCAGCAAUUUAAUCAAUUGACACAGCAGCAACAACAGCAACUGCUUCAAAACUCGCAAAAUCAAAAUAUAAUCAUCAUCAAUCAGACGAGCCAGGCUCAACAACAAGGCCAGCAGCAGCAAUUGCAACAAGUUGGACAACAAGUCAUCCAACAGCAGCCCCAACAACAACAGAAUGUUGGCCAAUCACAACCGACCGUUUUACAGCAACAGCAAACGGUCUUGCAGCAACAACAUCCACAGCAAAUCCAAAAUACCCAACAGCAGACGGUCGGAACAUCAAGUCUCGGUCCUAUGUUGAAAAAUUUCGCUCCAAAGAGUCAGCAGCAAAUAUUCAUUCAGCAACAGCCACAGCAAAUGGUAAAUCAGGACUCAGAUCAGGUGGUUUUGCAGCAGCAACAACAGCCGCAGUCAAAGCAACAAGUCAUUAUCAAUCAAAUCCAGACGCAACAACAACCGUCUCAACAACAACAAAUCGUCCUGACUCAACAACAACAAGGCCAGGGCUCGCAGCAACAGCAGCCACCCCAGCAAAUCAUAAUCAAUCAGCAACACAUCCUGAAUCCGCAACGCUUGCAAUACAUUCAACAGCAACAACAAUUGCAGUUGCAACUCCAAAAGAACCAAAACCAACAGUCAACAGUUGGCAACCAGCAGAUUUUAGGACAACAACAGCAGCAAGUGAGCCAGUCACCACAAUCUGUACCAUCCAGUCCUCAACCGAUAAUCCAGCAACAGUCGCAACCGCCUCCCAACCAGACGCCCGCCUACAUUCAAGGGCAGAGUCCGAAAAUUCAGAUUCAAAAUCAAAUUAUCAUCCAACAAGCCCAACAGGGAAUUGUGCAACAACAGUCGCAGCAGCAACAGCAACAGCAACCGAAUCAGCUGCACCUUCAAGGUGGCAACGAUCAGCCCGGAAUUAUCGGUCAAAGUAGCACAUCAGGGCAGCAAAUUAUUCUUCAACCACAAACACAACCAGCUUCGAUCAUUCAACAACAACAGCCACAGCAGCAAACAACAAUCGUUCAACAGCAAGGCGUCAAUCAACAACAGCAACAGCAGCAGCAGUUGAUUCCUCAGCAUGUUCUCGUCGCGCAGCAGACGCCUCAGGGACAAACAUCACAAACACAACAGACAAUUGUUCAAACGGGACAACAGCCACCUCAGCCGCAACAAAUUAUUGUGCAACAACAGCAGGCAGGUGGGAUAAUCGCUGGUCAAGGUCAACAACAAUGGAGUCCACAGAGUCCAAUUCAGCAGCAGCAACAACCUCAACAACCACAGCAACCUCAGACCCCGGGCGGAUCCCCCGUAGGGCCCCCGCAAUUUAUUCGUACAGUUCGACCGCAAUGGACAGCAGGCGCUCCACAGCGUCAAGUGAUUCAGUUGGAUGACAAAACCCAUUCCGAGCUCAUGAAAUUGGAUCCGAUCAAAAGAGCUCAAUAUCUUGCCAAAUUGCAAAGCAAGCAACGCAUUAUGCUGCGGCAACAGCAGGUGGCUUUCCAACCCAGACCUGGAGUAACUGCUGUGGUCGGGGCUGCUCCUCGGCCUACUGGCACACAACAUAUCAUUGUACAGAGUCAAAUGCCACCAGGUUUAACUUCUCAGCAGCAAAUGCAAUGGUUGCAGCAGCAGGGAGCUCGUCAGGUUUUAGUGCGAUCAACUGGGGCACCUGGAUUGAGUCCAUUGUCGCAGCAAGGUCAAGUUGCUCCUACCCAGUUUACUGUUGAGCCCGGAGCAGCUACUCCGAAUCCUCAACAGCAACAACAACAGCAGCAGCAACAACUUUUGAUACAGCGGCAACAACAGUUGCGAAUCCAACAACUGCACCUGCAGAGGGAGCAGGCUCAGAAAACCCAGCAGCCCCUGCAAACCGUUGCAAUGCCAACUACGCCGGAUGGCCAACAGACGCCAACAACUCCCGUUGGUAUGCAGCCCCCAACUUCUGCAGCGGCUGUUAUUAUACAAGAAACAAACAACUCAAACCAGCAACAGAUGAACUCCAAAACUAAAACUGCUCUUGCAAAUAUGUUAAGUAAUCGCUUAGGAAACAAUGGGACUGCUAUGGCCGUUAUUCCGACCGAACCGACUGGAGAACCGUCGGCAGCUGGAACUCUACGUCUGAUGACUGCCCAGCACAAUGCCGCUUUAAAUCCAGCAGGUCCGCCGAGAACUCCUCAAGAAAUCAUUGCUUUGCAGCAACGUCGCACUUUGGGAAAUAUAACAAACAGCACUCCACCCGUUGGGCCGCCAAUCGUCACUCAGAUUCCUCCUGGUCAGCAAAUUGUGGUGCCGCAAUCGCCUACUGCAGUUAUUAAAGGGCCGCCUUUUAGCCCUGUCCGCGCACCAAUCCAGCCUCCUCGUCCGCAGUUUUAUGGACAUAAUCCAAACUUGAAGCUUCCACCUGACCUUUUCCUGUUGGGCUGCACAUUCUUUAUUGUUGAAUACGAUGAGAGUCACGCAGAUCAACUUCCUCAGUGGAAGGACAUGAUUAUACGUCACGGAGGUGAAAUUGAAAAAGUGUACUGCCAGCGAGUCACCCAUGUUCUGUGCAGGACUCAGCGCCAUGGAGUUGUUAUGCAAGCUAUUAGGGAUUCAAAGCGUUGCGUAACCGCUUAUUGGUUAAGCGAUACGAUUAUAAAGAAGCAAGUGGUACCGCCAUGGCAGGCUCUGCAUCUUCCUCUACCCAGUACGUUUGGAACUCAAAAGCCGGCAACACGGCAUAUUAUCGCAAUUUCCGGAUUUGAGUUGGACGAACGGGAGCGCAUUCAGAGGAUGGUGGAAGAAGCCGGGGCCAAGUUGACUGGGUAUAUGAGUAAACAUAACACUGUGCUGAUUUGUCGUCGUCCUGAGGGUCCGAAAUACAAAAAGGCGAAAGAAUGGAACAUUCCCGUAGUGAAUACGGCAUGGUUGAGUGAUAUUGUGUUGGGAAAUCUCAGUGGGAUGUCUCAAUACGAAAGCACAAAGUACCAGCAGUACAACUUGACGGGUCCGUUUCGAAUUGAAUAUAAUCUUGUUGCGCAUCUAAUGGCUGCUUGGAAGGCGCCAAUUAACCUUACUCAGGAAGCCCACGAACGGUUGAAACGAAGUUUAACCGAACCGCCACCUGCCCCUAAAACGAAGAAGAAGCGAACAGUUCCUCCGCUUGAAGAAAUACCAGAAAGUAUAGUGUGCAAUGAACUGCCUCGAUCCGAUUGCAUACCGAAGGUUUCCUUCUCGCAGGUGGAUAACAAGGAAGGGCUACAUCGGGCUGUUACGACCCUUGGGGGUAUCGUAGUGGAGGAUCCGUGCGAAGCAACUCACUUGGUUAUGACGCGAAUAGGGCGAUCCUGCAAAUUCCUGCGAGCGCUAUGCGUUGUUGACUACGUUUUGCACAGCAACUGGCUCGUCGAAAGCUGCAAGGCAGGAAAGUUGCUUUCUCCCGACAACUUUAAAGUCAGAGACAAGGAACUUGAGGAAACGUUUGAUUUCAGCAUGGACAAGUUGUUUCAAUCACCCAAUCGUCGCUUCUUGUUCAGCGGAAAGACAUUUUUCAUCACACCAAGUGUGUUUCCAGCACGUUCAGAACUGACUAAGUUAAUUGAACUUGCUGGCGGGAAAGUCGAGCAGAAACGUCGCACAGCCGCUGCAAUAGCGGAAGCCAUUACCCAGUCGCCAGAUGCCUACAUUAUCGUCAGUUGCUCUCACGAUUUGCACUUGCUGAGCGAUCUAACACGACCUGGGAAACCAAAGUGUCUUGUGUGUAGCACGGAAGUGGUGAUGACGUCAAUAAUGAAACAAAAAAUUGAAACUGAACCACACAUUAUCCAGCUGUGCAACAAUAACAAUAAUAAUAGUAAUAAUUUAAAUCGAAAGAGUUAAGUGCGAGGAGAUGUUAAGGUUGGCGUUUUUAGUGUUUGGCGUUCAAAUUUCCCUUGAUUUUGAGAUUGGUAGUUUGUUUAUUUCAGCAGGUAGAGGACUGGAUGAUUCGCUCGUUAUGCUUGGAAACGCUUAUCAAUCUUCCUUGCCUGAAUGGCAGUGAAACAUUAUUUGGGAGUAGAAAUACUUUUCAAAGACUUCCUAGUUAAUAAUAGUAGAAAUUAGCAGUUUAGCGAGUAAACAAAUUUCCUUUAAUGAUUAGCUUUUGACCUUACAAAGAUUUGCAGUGUUCCAACUUAAUUUAUUCGGCGAUCAUUGAUUCAAUCGAAAGUAACACUGCCAACCGCAACACCCUCUUUUAGUUGAAGGAUAAAUUAGGUAAAAAAUAAGAUUUGUGUAUUUAACACAAGAAUAGUGAUUACAAACGAAUUGUGCUCUUAUUUUUAUUGAUAGUCGUAUAAUGGUUCGAUUUCGUUUGAUGCUUUCUCUUAUAUAUUAUUGUACAUAAAACCCCAAUGUCAUAUUUUCUUUUGAUAUUUUUCUACUAACAAAGUAUGUAAAAAGUUACAACAUGAUUUUGUGAAAGUAUGAAGUUAAAGAAUAAAAUGUAUUUUUGUUUAAAGUUA